AUGGCCGCUUCCUAUAUUGGGGGUUCCCUCCACGACCUUAACGCGGUGGACGGUCCUUCGGGCGAUAUCGAGGGCAUCAGCGACGUGGAGCGGGAUGCAAUCACAGAAGGUAGCCUGGAUAACGACGAAGAAUCCACAUCAGUUGUGAGUUGUCUUCUCCUUGUUCUAUUCUAACCCCCAUCAUUUUUACUUCCUCGAUUUUUCUGCACUGAGUUCUGCCAAGUUUUGAAGAUUUUUUCUUCCGACUAUGGCUAUUGGAAGUUGGGUUUGAUUAUCAAGUUGAUGAAUUUUUGUUCUAUCAAUGCUAAUGCAGUCAUUUUUUCACGGUUGAUCUAUCGCUGAAUUCGCCUUCAGAUUACUAGUUUCGCCGACCGCUUUUUUGGGUAAUAAGGGUUCGUUCCAUCUCCCAGGAUUGCAUACACGAAUCAUACAGCAACUCUUUACCUGUUCAUGGUGCCGAGGUGGAGGACGAUCGCUCUGGCCUCGAGAACAGUGGCGAAUCUUCGAGAUCCCCUUCCAACAUGCUGACUAUUGAUGGUUAUGUCUACAGUUUCUUCUCUCUUCCUGCAGUGGUUUACUUCUCUGUCAGAAUUUGCAGUCUUCUUCUUUCUAUGUCUUCUGAACUGGAUGCUAUGUGUUGAACGUCAGAUGUUGUGCCCAUCGAGACCGCUCGAGCUAGGUUCUUGCAAGUUGUUGUUGAUCAUUUUCUUCGUGAUCACGUGGUGGAAGUGGUUCAAGCUUAUGAAGCUGAAUAUAAUGGCGGGUAUGACAAGGUUAGCAAGAGAAAGUCAAGGGAAGUCCAGUAUGAAGGUGAUCCUAGGUUUGUCCUUCCUUUGAUGUAUGUGGCCAAUUUGUAUGAGACCCUGGUCAAUGAUGCGAAUGCUCGGCUUGCAUCAUUGGCGGGGGUUCGCGAGAAGACUAUUGGGGUUGCCCUUGAAGCAGCUGGUGGGCUAUAUAGAAGGUUAGCAAAAAAGUUUCCGAGAAAAGGUAUGGCCUAGUGCAGUUAUGUUUUCUGCGAAAAAUAACAACUUGACAUGUUGAUGAUGGGAGAUUGUGUCUUUUUUUUUUUUUUUGGUUCUUCCAGGGCCUUAUGGCUUUAAAAGAAGAGAGUUGGCAACUUCUCUUGAAACAAGGGCGAGAUUUCCCGAAUUAGUACAAGAAGAAAAACGUGUCCGUUUCGUAGUGGUCAAUGGUCUUGUCAUUGUUGAGAAGCCAAUUAGCAUGCCUAUUGAGGAUGCCGAAUGGUAAUAUUAUAUUUUCUGUUACUUUUAACAUUGGUCAUUAUUGAGCUUUGAUUGCAUCAUAAUCCUCUUCGCAUUCAGAUCUAUAUUAAGCUCAAUAAGGAAUAUUUCAGUAUAGUGAAAAAAUAUUAAAUGGGUUGGUGCUUGGGUAGUAGAACUGUAACUUGGUGUCUGAUGCACCUACCAAUUGUAAAUCAUAUGGUAAAUAAUGCCUUGUGUCAAUUUGACAAUCUAGCCUGUUGAAUGAAUGAGGAUAAUAAUGUUUCGAAGGGCUACCUCUCUGAAGCAUACACUUCGCAAAUCUUUGUUUCCUCUAUACCUAGAGAACGGAUUCUUUUGCAAAAUAGAAGGAACAAAGGAAAUAUCCACCGAUGAACCCCCGGUUAGGAUGGACCAAGUUGUCUGUAUCUCAUGAUACACGCAUGCAUCUCGUGAAGACUGAUUCUUGAGAAACCCAGUUCUUUGGGGUGAUGUUCGGGCUGGCAUCCCUCCGGGGAAAGACUGCACUUGCCAUGGCUAAUCCCUGUAACAGACAGUUCAUUGAAGUUGGACCUGUAACAAACAGUUUUAUGUUAAAAAGGUAAAACUGUAUUUCUUAUGCACUCAAUUGCAUUCUCUUCCACUUUGGUUUCGGGAUUUGUUGCAGCUCUAAAUUAUGAGAACAAGUUCCUUUUUUUUUGUACACUUUUCCAAAAUAAUGUUGUGCAGCCCACGUCAAUCUAAAUUCUCCAGAAUAAGUUGAAAUAUCUCACUUCUCUUAGGAUUACUGCCUCCUGAGAGGUGGUAUUUGUGUGCUAUUUGAUAGCAUUAUCUAUCAUCUUAUCGCCCCAUGUGUGCCCAAUAGCUAUGAUGAUUAAAAGUUGCUUAUUACGAUAUUUAUUAUUCCUCAUAACUUACACUUUAAUCAGAUUUCAACAAGGUCAAUUAUUUAAGUUUUGUGGAACACGCUGUGGAAAUGAAGACUGCAGCUCAGUAGGGGGAAGGAAUAAACAAAACCCUUUCUAGGUUAUAAAUACUUGAUUUGUAUAAUUUUAUUUCUGGGUUAUGUUUCUAUGUAUUAUUGGUGCUUAUUAGUAUAGUUCUGAUGUAAUUUUGCGUUCAGCAUUCUGAUAUUAAGCUUAAUCCAGGUUCAAACGCUUGACUGGAAGGGGUGAAGCAUCUAUCUCAGAAAGGGAUUACAAGUUUUAUUCUCCUCGCCACAAGUUCAGGCGUGCUCCAUCACAAGCUGUUUCAAAUCUUCUUGAGACUCCAGUAAGUUUUGCACACUAUUCAUAAGAAAAUGGGGAUAUGAGUUGGGAAAAUGAAUGUUUUUUCUUCCGUCACAAUAUCUCUUCUUCUUUUAUUUUCUUCUCUUUAUUUCCCCCUAUGUGGGCAAGUGAAAAAUGUCCCAGAUUUUUUUUUUCGAUAUAUAUAUAUAUAUAUAUAUAUUCAGUAUGAUGUAAACGUUUGCUUGGGUCGGUUCCUGGGUUAUAUUCGCUGAUCAUCUUUGCAUAUAUGCAGUAGUACUUGGCAUACAUGCAAUCCUGUGCCUAAUGCGUUUGUAUAGAGAGUAUUAAUCAUGAUUUGCAUUCCCACACAGCAACAAAAUCAGCAGCAGCCUCCGAUGAAACAUCAUGGGCAACUGAUGCAACAGUUGCCAUUCUAUCCCAUUCAGCAGCCACAUCACCAGCCCAUGCAUCAUCAGAACCAGCACACAACCCCACAUUUUUCUCAGAUUGCGGAGAUCCCGCUUCAGUCAUCCGCUACUUUACCUCAACACAUGGCUUGCUUACAAUCUCUCUCUGGAGGUCACGCGGGAGGCCGUUUGCAUCUGCUGGUGGGUACAUAUUAGUUUGAUUGAUUUGCUCCUGCCCACCAUGUAAACAUCUCUAUAAUGGCUGUUAAUCUCUCUCAGAACAUUUUUUAAGUGACGAGUUUUCUGUUCUCCUCAGCCAACAAACCCUGCGAAGUUCUGUGAUGAAUGUGGUGCUCCUUACUUGAGGGAAACGUCCAAGUUCUGCUCGGAGUGUGGUGUUAAGAGGCUGGGAACAUGA